ACCGGCAUUUCACGUUUGUACCGCGGCGGAGGAGGAAGUGAGACAAACUGCCGGUGCUGCUAUUUAUAUAUUUAUUGUUAGUUUCUUCUAUUAGAUUUGUUCCCGGCGCACAUCAUCACCAUGCUCGGCCUGUGCCUCUACGUGCCCGUGUCCAACUGCGACCCGGUGGAGGUGGAGUGCUUUGAGUCCAACGGGCUCCCGUCGGAGCUCAAGUCCGUCUUCAACAAGCUCAGCGUGUUGCUGCCGUCGCAGGAGUUCUGCACCUACCAACGGUGGCGGAAGAAAACCUUUACGGGGGAAGCGGGUGACCCGGACGGACAGCUGGACUUCGAGGAGUUCGUCCACUACCUGCAGGACUACGAGAAGGACCUGAAGCUCGUGGUGAAGAGCGUCGACAGGAAGAAUGCCGGCCACGUCGAUGCCGGCGAGUUCAUGCAGUCGCUCCGUGACCUCGGUGUGCACAUCUCCCUGCAGCACGCGGAGAAAGCCCUUAAAAGCAUGGAUAAGAACGGAACGAUAACAAUCUGCAGCAAAGACUGGAGCAACUACACGAUGGUGGAGAAGACGGAGAACAUUCCUGAGAUCAUCCUCUACUGGAAACACUCCACGAUAUUCGACAUGGGCGAGAACUUGACGGUGCCGGACGACUUCACCAUCGAGGAGAAGCAGACAGGAAUGUGGUGGAGGCACCUGGUCGCAGGCGGAGGAGCUGGAGCCGUGUCCCGGACGUGCACCGCCCCACUGGACCGAGUCAAAGUCAUGAUGCAGGUCUAUGGAUCCCGGACCAACAACAUGUGCAUCAUGAGCGGCCUGAUGCAGAUGAUCAAGGAGGGCGGCAUGAGGUCGCUGUGGCGAGGCAACGGCGUGAACGUCAUCAAGAUCGCCCCCGAGACGGCGCUCAAGUUCAUGGCGUACGAGCAGAUUAAACGUCUGAUCGGCAGCGAGAAGCAGACUCUGGGCAUCGUGGAGAGAUUCGUCGCCGGCUCUCUGGCCGGAGUGAUCGCUCAGAGUACCAUCUACCCCAUGGAGGUCCUGAAAACGCGCCUCGCUCUGAGGAUGACGGGGCAGUGCUCCGGCAUCUCGGACUGCGCCAAGCGGAUCUUCAGGCGAGAAGGGCUCGGGGCGUUUUACAAAGGAUACGUCCCCAACAUGCUCGGCAUCAUCCCGUACGCAGGCAUCGACCUGGCAGUGUACGAGACGCUGAAGAACAGCUACCUGCAGCAGUACGGCACCAACAGUACCGAUCCCGGCGUCUUCGUCCUGCUGGCCUGCGGCACCGUGUCCAGCACCUGCGGGCAGCUCGCCAGCUACCCCCUGGCCUUGAUCCGGACCCGCAUGCAAGCACAAGCAGCCACCGAGGGCAGCCAGCAGCUGACGAUGACUGGUCUCUUCAGGCAGAUCCUGCAGAGCGAGGGCCCCACGGGCCUCUACAGGGGCCUGGCCCCCAACUUCCUCAAGGUCAUCCCCGCCGUCAGCAUCAGCUACGUGGUGUACGAGCACAUGAAGACACAGCUGGGCGUCACCUCUCGUUGAACCUCUCCCAAACAAGUGAACCUCACCCAAACACCCGUCCCAACCCCUUUCCCUGGGGGAUCCCGGGGGCCUUGUGGUCCCUCCGGGGGGGUUCGUUGGAGCCAACUCAUUCUGUGAAUGUUCGGCUGACGAAAAGUCAAGGAAGAAGGAAAAGACCCAAAAUGGAGGAUCUGGACUCUGUGAGCUCAGGUUGUCGGGGGUUGUGACCGCUGCUAUUUAUGUUUUAAGAGGAGUCGUGCCGGCGUGACGAAUGUGACUGUACAUCAAAAAGACCAAAUGUGUUUCGCUCUUUCUGUUUUUGAGCCGAAAGAAUCCACUUAUUUUUUGUUGGUCUCAACGUCUUGUUAACCCGUCAGUUUAUUAUGCAUCACCAGCACUCUUGUUCAACAACUCGACUAAAUUAUGAAACCAAACAAAGAGCAUUAAUACGUGUCACUUAGGAUUUUUUUCUUUUGCACGUGACUUUGACCUCUCUCUGACCUCUGACCUGCAUGAAUGAAUGGAUGUGAUGACAUGACUCUCUGAAUGACGUUGCAGUAUUUAUUUCCAUCCAUCCUGUAUUUAUUAUCAUUUUUUUAUUUUCCAGAAGAGUGGGUAUUGAAUGCUUCCUGUCUGAAGAGCCAAAUGUGCAAUUAAUACCAGUCAAAAAAAAAUGCAGUAUGAUCGUGUUCCAGACGACGACGGCCUUAAAACUACUACAUGUGGUCGUCUGGUGAACAGUUGGAGAAGAAGAAGAAGUUGGGUCGGAGCUUUGUACGCAUGUGUCAGGUUAUGUCAGGUUAUGUCAGUGUGUGUGUGUGUGUGUGUGUGUGUGUGUGUGUGUGUGUGUGUGUGUGUGUGUGUGUGUGUGUGUGUGUGUGUGUGUGUGUGUGUGUGUGUGUGUGUGUGUGUGUGUGUGUGUGUGUGUGUGUGUGUGUGUGUGUGUGUGUGUGUGUGUGUGUGUGUGUGUGUGUGUGUGUGUGUGUGUGUGUGUGUGUGUGUGUGUGUGUUUUUUUGCCCUUAAAAAAAAAGUAUAAAUGUCUUAAUGUUCACCUCAGGUUUAAGGGCAGGUUAUUGUUUAAUUCACAGAAGAAGAGCUCACUAGAUGUUUGUUUUUCUUCUUCCAUUUCACAACGUUUGUACUCGGAGGAAAAACAGAGAGUUUGAAAAAGACGGGCGACGUAAUGCACUUUAAUCGACGCUGGAACUGGCGUCCGAACGAAACGUCACAUCAAUCCAGCUGUUUAAGAUUAAACAUCUUUUUUGUAUGUUUUUAGUGUUUUAAAAUGGACCAUUUUGAUGCAAAUAAAUGCAAAAUUCUUUGUCAUA